GCUGGAGCGAGGGAGGGAAGAGUUGGCUGGUUCGGGGAGAGCCGAGCCGGCGCUGCAGGCGGGCGGGCGGGCGGGCGGGAGGUUCACUGGCAGGGCAAAUAUAUUUAUAUAGAUGGAUUAUUUUUGAGGCUGGAUUUGCAUGGAGCUGUGAGCCUCUCCGUUGCGGGGUGCAAGGCACCCCUUCCCCCCCCCCAGUUUUGCACCCCACCCACCCACGCAUCCCUUUGCACAACCCCCCGGUUUGUUGCUUUGCAUUGCACCCAAGGGUGCCCCGGGGGUGCCAUGGUGCUGCGGGGCCCCGAUCCGGGCCCCGAUCCCCGCUCCCCGCUGGCCCUGGGACUGAGCACCUUGCACACGCUCCUCUACGCCGGCCUCUUCCUCUUCGCCUACCUGCAACUCUGGCUGCUCCUCUACUACCGGGAGAAGCGGCUCAGCUACCGCACCGUCUGCCUCUUCCUCUGCCUGCUCUGGGCGGCGCUGCGCACCGUCCUCUUCUCCUGGUACCUGCAAGGCGCCCUCCUGCCGCCCCACCGCCAGCCCCGGCUGCCUCCGUUGCCCCGCUGGCUGCUCUUCUGCUUCCCCGGCUGCCUCCUCUUCGCCACCGGCUGCCUCCUCAAUCUCUAUUUUGCAGAGGUGAUCUUCAAAGUGAAGUGUGCCGCCGAAUUCAACAAAUACAAGGCCACCCUGUACGUGGGCUCCAUCCUCACCAGCCUCCUCUUCGUCUUUGUGAAUUUGACGUGUGCGUUGCUGGCGCACGGCGACCUCCCUGAGGACCAGCUGCGGUGGACGGUGUUCACCCGGGCUCUGAUCAACGACAGCCUCUUCAUUCUCUGCGCCGUCCUGCUCGCCUGUUUCAUGUGCAAGCUGUCCAAAAUGUCUUCGGCCAAUGCUUACCUUGAGUCCAAGGGCACAUCUGUCUGCCAAGCCUUGCUUGUGGGUUCUGUCGUCCUCCUCCUGUACUCCUCGAGGGCUUUCUAUAACCUGGUGGCGGUGGCGAUCUCCCCGGACCACGUGCCCAGCCCGUUCAACUAUGGUUGGGAUAACCUUUCGGAUAAGGUUCGAGGCGAAGAAGCCGGAAGCGAAGAAUACGUGGUUUUUGGGGUCGUCUUGUUCCUCUGGGAAUUUGUCCCUACAACAUUCCUGGUUCUCUUCUUCCGGGCUCAGAGGAUCGCACAGAACUUGGCGCCGGCUGGAAUGAUAAACAGCCACAGCUACAACUCCCGAGCCUAUUUCUUCGACAAUCCAAGGCGGUACGACAGUGACGACGACCUUCCGAGGCUCAGCGGAGGAAGCUUGGCUACCCCCCAGAGCUCUGGCUGGUACGGUUCCUUGACGGGGAGCGACAGCUGCACCAUGAUCCCGCCGUUGGUGGCCCCUCCGAUGGACGUGGCUCCGCUGCUCUUCACCCAUGGGAGCCUGGAUUCGAGAAGCCACCCGAACCCCCGCCUGGUGCCGUAGGACUGGAACUCGCGUGCCUCUGGGGGGCUGCACCUGGGUGGGACGCGGACGGAGCGGGGCUCCAACCAGGUGCGCAGGACUCGGGCGGCAGCUCCCCGCUGGGUCCCCAAAUACCUAGCGCAGCUCCCAAAGUUUCCGGGACGUGGGAACGGAAGGAUGGGAGCUUUGCAAAGCUAACUCUUAUUGCCAAACGGUACUUGCAAUGAUGGAAGGCGGCGAGGUCAAACCACAGCCCUAUAGUAUUUCGUUUCAGUGCGUCAGGCCUUCCAGAGGAGGACGAUACCUUGGCAACCAAAAACAGCAGACCUUGAUGGCUGAUAAUUUGCACUUUUAACCGAACUUUCCCAAGGAACGCUCCUUCUCCCUGCCAGUCAACUGUCUCCAUCAGCUCGGGAAGACGGUUCUGGGUAACCUUUUUAAUUGCACAUCCAUAGCUGGGGAAGUUUGUUCGGUCUUCCUGCGAUGACUGGAGCAUCUCUGCGUACUAACGGUGGGGACGUUUCGGGUCGGGUGGGGAAUUCCUUGCUUCCAAACUUUUCAGAGUUUUAAAAUGGGGAAACCACAACACACAAAAAAGAAAGAAUGUUAACAAGUGUGGCACAAGUGUCGUGGUCUCACAAGGGUUAAGUUACCUUGCAGCUAUGCUUUACUAUCAAUCUGUUGAUUCCUGGGGCUGUUGAAGCCAGUUCUUCAUAUCUAUAUUUUUUUGCAUGUGGUAUGAAGCCCCUUGCGACCGACUGACUUAUGUUGAGCAUUGAUUUAUAAAACUAAAAAACUUGGUUCACACACUGGGGAAAGCAGAGCUGUUACUCAGUGGUGCUUUAUUUUGAUUUUUAAGACAGAAUGGCUCCAUGAGGACUAAUUGCAUGCUUGGUAUGGAUAUUGCAGAAGCAGCUGAGGUUGAUUAUUCAGCUGCUUUUAGCCAGCCAGCUACAGGUGUGGUCCGGGAUGGGAGAGCCUUCUUAGGGUUCGCUUAGCAGCCGGGAAGAAGCACGGUUAGCGUUUGGACUGCUUAGCAAUCACGAAAUAGCACUGUCAUCUGCAGGGAGAAAAAGUUUGGUUGCACUCUCUAGCAGAGUUGAAGAAAACUUUCCCUCUUCUCCUUUACUCCCUGCUUCUUCUUAAUAAAGAAGUGUAGCCAUUGAUGCAUCUUCUGGAAGAUUUUGCAGUUCAUGGCAGUCAUACUUCACAGCAGAGGGGAUGGGGGCAGUUGCCUGUUUAUAAUGCACACAGCUGUGUUGUCUAGAGAAGCUGCAAUCCCUCCAUUUUUAAAAAAUCCAAGCUGGGAAUGUACACUCUUGAGUGGGAUAAAGUGAAGACUCCCUAAGGGUCAAGAGGCAGGCUGGAUGAACCCCUUCUUAUAUUGGGUCAUUUCCACCACCUUCUGGCUGCAAAAAUCUGAUUCUGCUCCCUUGUGACGGAAUGAAGACAUGUCCCCAUUGCACAGAAGUUCAGGUCCAGAACUGGAGCUCUCUGUUCCACAAGGUUGCGUGCAUUCUGCUUCUCAGGCAGUUGGAGAACCAGGUUGAGUUAUCCCUAACAUUGAGAGGUAGGAGGCAGUAUCUUGCCAAACUUGGCCCUCCAGCUGUUUUGGGGACUACAACUCCCAUCAUCCCUAGCUAACAGGACCAGUGGUCAGGGAGGAUGGGAACUGUAGUCUCAAAACAGCUGGAGGGCCAAGUUUGGCCACGCCUGCUCGGAGUGAACUUGACUUCAGCACAAAGUGCCAAUUUUAAAAUUUGUUGGGGGGUGUCGUGCUUGCGAAAGUGCCUGAACAAGUUCAGGUUCUUGCCAUAAGCUCUUCACCCGCCCUCCAAAUACCUGCUUGCAGCUCAGCCUCUUCAGAGAUCUGGGGAAUCUGUCACCCAUCAACUGGACUAUAGUUCCCAACAUCCCUGGCCAUUGGCCGUGCUUGCUGGGACUGAUGGGUGCUCAGCAGCACCUGGUGGGUCCAACUCCCACCCCCCAAAAAAGAAACACCCCUGGGCUGAGGUCAUGUGUUGGAGAGUAGCUGUUUUGGGGGCCUAAAGCCAUCGAGGUUGUCAGCAAAUUCCAUUCCCAAGUGACGCCAAAGACUUGCUGGGAGACGUUUGCCCAUUCCUAGCGCUGUGCUCACAAAUUCAGACGUUUGGUAGAAACAGUGUAGGCAAGGCAAUUCUUGUGUAAUAUUAAUAAUAUUAAUAUUAUUAUUGGACUGGGUUGCCCCAGAUUUCUUGACUUUGCAUAGAUUUCUUGACUAGGGUUUUUUCUGUUCAGCUCACUCUGGCCAACCAGGGCAUUUUGCUGCUCUUUGGGACUUAGUUCAGAGGCUGCUUUGGGAAAUGUGUGACGGUUCAUCUCCAUUAGCAGACUCUUAACAGCCCCAGGAAAAAAAGGAUAUUCCCCUCCUCAAGGUAUUCAUGGAGCAAAACCUCAGGUGCCAUCUGUAAGCGUUUGCUUAGGAGGGAAACAUUUCUCAUUCCAGCAGCUCUUUUGCUUUUCAAACCUCAAGGUAUCUUCCCAGGGGUAGAACUGUGUAGCUGUCCCUUUCAAUUCACAAGCUAAUUCUGAUACCCCGUGAGGAUAUCUGGCUGGAAUAAUGGGUGUAUCUCCUGUUCACAGAUUGAGAAGGAAAACUACAUGUUACACCGGUUUUUGAAGUCACACCAAAGUGCUGGCAAUGUUUCAAGAGUGGCUGCAGAUUGAGAUAAUAGCAUUAAACCCUAGUUUAGUGUUACAGGGCCAAGCCUAGGGUCCCCACCCUGCCAGACUUGUGCUCUCCUCCUCCAAUGUAGCUUUCACUGCAAUUUAAAUUAACCAGUUUAGCAGUGCUAACCUGUGGCUAAUCUGAUUGGAACAAGCCAGCUUCAUAAACUGUGUUUUGAAGGAAACCUCAUGUUGCGCUUUGCGGUAGGGAAAAGCACCCGAGCUGUUCUCUUGCAACAGUAAACUAUGGUUUUUAGCAUUGCAUCAGGGCCCAGUCAGGGUGGCCAUUUUGCGGGGGGCGAUUCGUAAACAUGUUAGUGUCGACACGUGAGAUUUUGACAGCUGCUAAAUUUUAAGAAAAAGGCCAUAUUGGCGUUGCGCAUCAGGAUAUGCGCUCUCUCUCUUCCUCCCCCCCCAUCCCAAGCUAAUGUGUCACUAGGACACCCCCCCCGGCAUCGAUUGAUCCCUGACUCGGGUGAAACAAGUCGUGUCUCGAACUCUGUGCUGCCCUCUUUCACCCACCAAAGGCAGAUUAACACCCCCUCACCCACCCAUUUUCUUUUCCGCUUAAGAGUUUUACAAUGCACUGGGAGCACUUUAUAAUUUUUGUUUUGUAGGCGGGAGGAGGGCAUUGUAUUAAGGGCUAAGAGCUCCUUAUUCAACAUUUUGCACUGAACUGCGUCGACCGAAGCUGAACUUUCCCACUCAUCGGAGCCACUGUCAGUUAGGACAGCAGGGUGGGGUUGUAGAACGGAGAAGUAGUGAUGGCUGACGAGAGGUGGGCGCCCUUUUCGUUCUCGUGGACAGCUUCUUAUUUAAAUGGAGAAAUCCUGCAAUGUGCGAGAGUUCGCCCGUUCGUGGUUUGAGGGACGCCAUUUUGCCAGCUGUCCCUUCAGCCCUCGGCUGGCUGCGCCUAAUGAAUGUACCCCACGCUUAAACCUCCUUCACUCUGAACUGUAAUGCCAUUCAUGUUUUGAAAAUAAAGGUUUGUUUUUAUCUUGUGA